AUGAUAAAGAAAGAAAAAGAACUUCAUAUGAAUCGAACACAUUUCUUUCAAAAGAAUAAAUCAAUGAAUUAGUUUAUAAAAUAUAACAAUAUAUAAAAAUUAAGAGUUGCAAACUCAUCCAAUUAAUUAUGUUAAUAAUAUCAAUAUUAAAAAGAAAAUAAUUAUUAGGAGGAAGUAAUAAUAAAAUUUAGAUAUAUGAAUAAUAGGAAUCUCAUAAGCAUUGAUAUUAUUAAAAAUGGGUUAUAAUGUAACUGUUUUAGAAAAAGAAAAUAGUGUUUCAACUGA